AAACUUUAAAAACUCGCCGGCCACUGGGCCGUAAACUUAUUUCCCAUCUGAGCUUGGAGCUGAGCACAACCCUCAUCCUGACGAAAUCACCAGUAGCAGUGGCCAUGAAGUGCACUUUGCUAACCACCUUGCUGGCGACCCUGGCGGUUUCCUCGUUGGCUGCACCUUUCGAUUUGGGUGAUCUCUUCACGGGUUUGGAGCCAGUGCAGAAACAGGAAGUAGUUAAGCGGCAAGUGGAGGCUAAUCCUGAUGCCGAGGUGAAGCAGAUCUCAUUCCAUGGCCUGAUCGGAGAUCUGGAGGACAGUCUGUUCCAAUCUGCCCUGAGCCUGCACCAGGCCAGUGCCCCAGGAAGCGUGGUGGAGGAGGUGAAGCCUGAAUCUCAGGCUCAGAUCACGGAGGAUGUGGAGCAUGCUCUGACUAAGCGAUCGGAUGAAUCCACGCCGGCCACAGAUUCCGUCACGUCUACGGACGAUGGUUUGGCCCGCAAGAUUCUGCUGCAGACCACCAGGAAGGUGCCCGAUAGUGAGGAUGGUGUACCCGCCCAUCUGAUCAUUGACCAUGUGUCUGUGCAACCACACAACGGUGGCGCCCUGCCCCUGAUUCCCACCUUCCAGGUGCACCACACCAAGCUGAUCUCUGCCACCAUUAAGGAGGAUUCCACUAACGACAGCAGCGAUGGAAAGCAGACCAAGAUUAGCAUUACCAAGACCUCGAUUACGUCCACGGCACCAAUUGAGAGUGUGGAGGAGGCGUUGGCUAUUGCUGGCUCUACAAGCACCACAGAGGAGCAGUCUACCAAGGUGGAGACCACCACCAAAGCUGCUGAGAAGGAGGAGAGUGAUAAGAGCUCGACCACCGUAUUGACCCUUGUGAGCAGCACCACAUCGACCACAGAAGAGCCCAUCCAGAAGCUAAAGAAGGACGAAGAGAAACUCAAGGAGAAGGUGGCCGAGGUAGAGGCCGAUCCCGUCAUCCUCUCGGCUCGCGUUUAAGUCGGCCGAACUCUGAACCCUCUAGUUGUAACCCUCAUCCCCAACUCAUCUCGCCACUCACAUAUUUAUGACACGCCAAGUUCAAUUAAAGUCAUGUGAUCAGAUCA